GUGAGGUCGUAACAGGUUAGUGUUCUUAGAGGUCAUCAGUCGUUCUUCCACCAGAUUGAAUCUUCUUCAAAGACUUCAAUUAAGUUUCCAAGGACUUUACUGACAUUCUAUUGGAUCAUUGACAGUUAGUUCAUGUCUAUUUAUUUACAUACAAAUUUUGAGGUGAUUUGGAAGUUUGAAGAUCGCAAGUGAACAAGCAUUUUUAUCGAUAUCAUUGUUGACGUUGAGAUAUUUCACAAUUGUUCCCAAGAGAGUUGACUAGGAUGAUUUAACGACUCUGGUUCUACAAACGCGGCUUUUCUAAAGAAUAUCAAUAUGUAAACGAACCAUCUCUGCAGUGUUUUGCAUCACGCUGAGCUGGACUUCUAUSUUUGCAACAACAAAGAAGACUUACAAUAUGGAAGCACAAGAAUCUAACAGACUAAGCUUGCUAGCAACAAAUGAUUCAUCGAGCUACAAACCAAGGAAACGUCCGAAGUCUGUAGUGGUCAUACAGAGUGAUGACACAGCGGCAAAGAGACAAUGCUCGAAGUUAGAAAAGUUUUUGAUAUUGAUGUUAUCUCUCAUGCUUGUAAUCUGUCUUGUUUUGCUGUGUUUAUACCUCAAUGAACGAAUGUUAACCGAGAAACUUAAACGAACUGUUCAAUCCAACACAACCCGAUCACCAAACGUCAAUCACUCAAAAUACACGACUCAUUCUUGUUGGACAAAGAAUUGUAUUCAGACUUCAGCUGAUCUUUUGAGUACUUUGGAUCCUAAAGUGAAUCCAUGCGAUGAUUUCUAUCAAUACGUGUGUGGUAAAUGGACUGAGAAGAACCCCCCCAGACCUGACAUGUAUCGGUGGGAUCAGUUUGAAAAGCUUAAAAGAAAGAACAAUAUGUUGAUGAAAGAACUUAUUGUAGACAAAACGACAAGAGCAGCAUACUCUCGGAAUGAGGCGCUUGUUAAAGCUUUCCAAUACUACGAUUCCUGCAUGGACGAAGCAGAGAUCGAAAGACUKAAGGGAAAUCCUUUGAAGCAGUUAUUAAAGAAAUAUGGCAAGUGGGCUGUCAUUGACAAAACAUGGAACGAGUCGGCCUGGGAUUUUCAAUCAGCCUUAAUCAAAGCUCACAAAGAACUAGAUUCCUCGCCGUUCAUCAAUGUAUAUGUAGAACUUGACAUGAAGAACAGCUCUAAAAACCUCAUUAAUAUUGAUCAAACGUUUUUGAGUUUAUCAGCGUUUGCUUUUCUUAGCAAUGGUACUGUGUAUGAACAAGUGCGUUCUGCACUGAAGGAAAUGAUGUUUAACCUCAGCAGGGCGUUGGGAGGCAACGAACAUUCAAUGAAAGAACUGAAAGAAGUGUUUAAUUUUGAGAAAGAAUUAGCGAAGAUUUAUCCUCCUAAAAACCAAGAUCUAAAAGCAAGACACAACAAACUUACGAUAAAGGAACUUCAGAAGAAAACUGGAAACGAGAUAAACUGGCUGGAGUUCUUAAGGGGUGUGUUUGCUGAUACUCGGUAUAACAUCAGCGAAGACGAAGAAGUAGUUGUUUAUGUAUUGGACUAUCUUCAAAAGUUGAACAAGAUCAUAGCAAGAACACCAAAACGAUUGCUGUCUAACUUCAUGAUGUGGCGUGUGGUUAAGAAACAGUAUCAUCAGCUGAGUCACGACUACAUCAACAUCUACAAAAACUUCCUGACAAGGGCAUUCAAAUACAGCGAGAGCAAAUCACGACAAAACAUUUGCCUGGAUCAACUGAAUACACACUUUAGUCUACCAAUGUCUCGAUUAUUCGCCGACAAACGAUUCGAUCAAAACAGCAAAAAACUGGCAAGAGAAAUCGCUGAAAACCUAAGAAAGGCUUUUAUCGAGAGCGUUCGAAAAGUUGACUGGAUGGAUAACGUCACAAAGGAGGCAGCAAUAGACAAGGCCAAGGUGUUGGUCGAAGAAGUCGGUUACCCAGACGGAACCAUGAACGACAAGUUACUAGAUUCCAUGUACAAAGGGAUCCAAAUGAAUCCAAAGACGUACUUUAUGAAUGAAAUGAGUCUAAGAAAGAAUGCUGUUCACCGAGGUCUCAAGAAAAUAAUCGACCCUGUGGCUUUUGGCAAUUGGCCUUUUCCUGCCGCGACGACUAAUGCUUAUUACUCGUACAGCUUCAACCAGAUGGUUUUUCCUGCCGGAAUGUUCCAACCGCCAUUUUAUGAUUUCAAGUUUUCAAGGGCAGUCAACUAUGGUGGCAUUGGUACAAUCAUGGCUCAUGAAGUUACCCAUGGUUUCGAUGACACAGGAAAUAACUUCAACAAGAAUGGUGAAUUAGUAAAAUGGUGGACUGACUAUUCCUUGGCUAAUUUCCAUAACAAAUCACAAUGCCUGAUCGAUCAAUACUCCAACUAUACCUUUUAUGGUUAUAAGAUGAAUGGCAAAAUUACACUUUCUGAAAACAUGGCAGAUAACGGCGGUUUGAAACAGGCUUUUCAGGCAUACAGGAAUUGGGUCCAGGUACAUGGAGAAGAACCGAGGCUGCCGGGAAUGAUGCUCACCAAUGACCAAGUAUUUUUUAUAGCUUUUGCUCGAAAUUGGUGUGGUCACAUUGAUCGACUGCGUUCUSUMAUYCUGAUGAGACAUAACGUUUACGCACCCCUACCCUGGAGAGUAAAUGGAACAUUGAUGAAUUCCUUGGAGUUCGCUAAAACGUUCAACUGCCCUGUUGGAUCGCCUAUGAAUCCUAAGAAAAAAUGUCAUAUUUGGUGAGAACAGUUAUGGAUAAAGACUUCGAUAUGUUCCUGUACUAGGGACUGCUGAAGGGUGAUUAACACUGUCUUUAAGAAUAAAGGCAAAAAAACGAACAAUGCAAACAUUGAAGAUGGACAAAUGAAGUUUCAGAAAUAGAAUACUCUAGAACCGAGGACUGAAAUAACGAAGAGAGAUAGCUAAUCCUAAGCUAGUGCAUACAUAAUGUACUAUAUUAUUUAAUUUCUUCAAGGAAGUCAGCCAUUCAAUGCCCACAGCGCAUAGUAAUGUACUUUUCUCACUCUGAUGGGAGUAUCCGUUCUAUGCCCCUCCUUUUCUUCUUUCCCUUCCAAAGGAACUCUAUUUUUGGCCAAUCAUAUUGGAGCUGUUUAUAUCACGUAACUGCAGUUAAUUUUAUAUAUUUUUUCAUUAUGUAAAUAUCUUGAUUUUAUAUUUUAUUCAACGUCUAUAAGUACUUCUGAAUAAACAAACAUUUAUCAAGUGA